GUACAUCCACAUUCCACGAAAAAAUAAUUAUUAUUAUAUAAAAAUAAAAACUCGUCUUUCUGAAAUUACCGAGAGAGCGCUAAAAAAAAUGGAAAGCGGCGACGAGAGCCCGGUGGUUCUGAUAACGGGAUGCUCGCAGGGAGGAAUCGGCCACGCGCUGGCACGUGAGUUCUCGGAUAAGGGAUGUCGAGUGGUGGCGACGAGCCGUUCGCGGAGUACGAUGACGGAUCUGGAGCAGGAUCCGAGGUUGUUCGUGCAGGAGCUCGAUGUGCAAUCUGACCAAAGCGUGAGCAAAGUCAUGUCGAACGUUAUCGAUAAGUUCGGACAGAUCGACGUUCUUGUCAACAACGCAGGCGUUCAGUGCGUUGGACCUAUUGCGGAGAUUCCAAUGUCCGCCGUGGAGAACACAUUCAACACCAAUGUUUUCGGUUCCAUGAGGAUGACUCAAGCCGUUGUACCUCACAUGGUAUCUAAGAAAAAGGGAAAGAUUGUCAACGUUGGAAGUAUCACUGUUAUGGCACCAGGUCCAUGGGCAGGUGUCUAUACAGCUACCAAAGCUGCUAUCCAUGCUCUUACCGACACACUCAGGUUGGAGCUCGGCCCCUUUGGCAUUGAUGUAAUCAAUGUUGUGCCAGGAGGAAUACGAACGAACAUAGCAAACUCAGCUGUAGCAACCUUCAACAAGAUGCCAGAGCUGAAACUAUUCAAGCCUUACGAAGAAGCUAUCAGAGGGAGAGCCUUUAUAUCACAGAGGAUGAAGCCAACUCCAGCUGAAACAUUCGCCAAAGACACCGUAGCUGCAGUGCUAAAGAAGAACCCACCUGCUUGGUUCUCUUCCGGCAGAUACUCAACUCUCAUGGCAAUCAUGUACCAUAUGCCCCUCUGGUUCAAAGAUUUUGUCCAGAAGAAGGCUUUAAUGAAAAAGGACUAGACAGCUUCCGUUUUAAAGACUCUUUCUCUCUUAUGAUAAACGAAAUGUAAAAGAUUAUUCAGACUUGGUAAUGUAAUCUUAUGUCCUCA